UGAUUCCAAUCGUCCAUCUUAUGACCCCCGUUCACGUGACCGUCAUGUGAGCUAAUAACGCCCACUGUGCGUAAUGCGCAGCUCCUUGAAGAUCUGAGCUCUCCGGUGCGCACUACACCCUCCCUCUCCUCCCCUUUAGUUUCUAUUCCUGGCUGCUCCUCGCCUCGCCUCUCCUCUGCUUUGACCUAGCGUUCUCUCUCAUUCUCUUUCAAGCCAACGGACCACAUUCUUCUUUCCCUUUUUGAAAUAUACGCCAUAGGAAAGAAUAUCUCAACCGUCCGUUCCGCCCCUCUCCCUCCCGCCCUCUCAUGGAAAUGCCAUUCUCAGCAACAGUAUCUCUUUCUGCUUCUCAAUCUCUUGCCAUAACUUGUUCAUAGAAUCCACCGCUUCGUUCUUCUAACAACCGAUUAUUCACGAGAUAUCGAUCGUCGUCAUCGAUCAAUUGAUGCUUCUCUCUGUCAAUUUUCGGAAUUCUCAUGGACUCGAUCUGGAGUCGCAGCGGCGUUCCUGAGGCCAGUCACAUCCUUAUCGCUAUCUACUUCGCGUUUGCUUUCGUCGUCGCCAGAUACUUUUUGGACUCCUUCAUCUAUCGGAGGUUGGCUCACUGGCUGUUGGGUAAUGGAACUGCUCCAGCUAAGCUUAAUGAGGCCAAACGGGCAAAGAUAGUAAAAUGCUCUGAAUCUAUGUGGAAGCUAACAUACUAUGCUUCUGUUCAAGCAUGCAUUCUUACAAUUACUUAUCAUGAACCCUGGUUUAGAGACUCACUCGAAUACUUCAGAGGGUGGCCAAAUCAAGAACUGAAGUUUUCCUUGAAGCUUUACUACAUGUGUCAAUGUGGAUUUUACAUCUACAGCAUUGCGGCACUCCUCACAUGGGAGACUCGAAGGAAAGAUUUCUCCAUAAUGAUGUCUCAUCACAUUGUCACUACUAUCCUGAUUGGAUACUCUUACGUUACAAGGUUUUUCCAGAUUGGGUCAAUAAUUCUUGCCCUUCAUGAUGCUAGUGAUGUCUUUAUGGAAGCAGCUAAAGUUUUUAAAUAUUCUGAGAAGGAGCUUGGAGCUAGCCUCUUCUUCGGACUUUUUGCUGUCUCGUGGCUCCUACUGCGGCUAAUAUUCUUUCCCUUUUGGGUGAUCUGGGCCUCGAGCUAUCAUAUUCGUGACUACUUGAAUCUAUCAGACACUUAUGACUGUUCGUUGUACUAUGUUUUCAAUAUAAUGCUCUUGACGCUGCUUGUGUUUCAUAUAUACUGGUGGAUCCUCAUAUGUUCAAUGGUUUUGAGACAGCUGAAAAAUAGAGGACAAGUGGGAGAGGAUAUCCGAUCAGAUUCAGAAGAUGAAGAUUAGCUAGUGGUCUAGUAUUUGGCUGAAUAGGUAGUCAGUGGUGAUGCUAAUUAUUGGGGGAUACAACGUCAUCUUUACAUCUUUACAGUCCAAUCUGGAUUCUAUUCAUUCCAUCCGGUGGAUAUCAUGGGGGCUUGAUUUUUAUUUUUCUUUUCUUUGUUCCUGAAAAAGAACUGGCAGUCAAGUAUAUUUACAUGAUUGGUUUCUUAUGUAUAUUAGGUUUUCCUGUAUAAUUUUUUCCCCUCUAUGAAAUCCAGGUCAGAGAUUAGUCUUACCCUCAAACCAAUCAAAGUGUCAUAUUUCAAGGUUUCAUUUACACUUAUAAAGUGGUCAUCUUUGUUUUUGUACA